AUGGCCGAUGCUGUGGCAACAGGACAAGGUUCUGUGACGGGAGUCGACGUCCAGCGCGAACGCUUGGCGGCCUGUCGCAAUUUGCUGCAAAAGUAUGCCAGCAACAAAGUUCGCCUCUUCCUGGGCGAUGGGUGCACUUUUGCCGAGGGGCCUGCUUCAUGGAUGCUCAAGCCGAUGCCAACGGUCCCCGAGGCCUGCUCGCACGCUGGCGAUACAACUGAACCGACUCCCAAGCGUGCGCGGCCCUCUGAACGCGAAUUGCUGCGCCGCAAGGAGGACGCCAGACUUGUGCGCAACCUUCCACGCAAAGAUCGCCAUCAUGCAUGUGGAAACAUGUUCUUUUGCAGUCCUGAUUUACGUGCAGCUCGCGAGGCCUACCUGCGCGAACAAGAUGCGCAGGAUGAGGCUCAGACCGCCAAUCCACCUGUACAAGCCACAGACCAGCUUUACGACAAGGUGCUGGUCGAUGCAGAGUGCACGCACGAUGGAAGUAUCAAGCAUUUGACCAAGUUUGAUCGCUGGGGCUGGUCGACUUUUGAACAGCGCUUCUUUGACCCGACCCGGAUUAGCCAACUGGAAACUUUGCAGCGUGGUUUAUUACAAAACGGCUUUCGCCGCUUGCGAGAAGGAGGCACCCUCGUCUACAGCACGUGCUCCUUCUCACACAGGCAGAACGAGGACAUUGUGCAAUGGCUUCUCGAUCAUGAACCCGGUGCUCAGCUUUUGAGUUGCAAGGGCAUGGCUGCCUUCCCUGCGGCUGCCUUUCACCCGCUCGCUACGGCCGAUGUGCUGAAGUUUUCACCAGUCGCCACGGCCACCUCCGGGCUCUUUGUUGCCCGUUUCACCAAGCAGCCAUUUGACCCCGCACCGCAACCCCCCUCCUGUAACGUCUGAUCAACCUGAUACCAUUCAAACCAUAAUCCCAUCUUAAUCGAUCCUCCCGC